AUGAGUGUGAGUCUUAAACAAUACAGUGAAGCCAGCGUGUUCUGCAACUGCAUAUGGCUGACAUAUCUUACCAACCAGUUUCUAAACUCCGUUCUAUCAUCUAUUGAGACCGGGGAGGUGUCUCUCACCCCGCCUCCCCCACCUAAAAGCACAACUCCGGACUCGACAUCCUCGGGCCAGAAACCCUCCUUGAACUCGAAGCUGGCAGCAACCUCUAUCAGCAGCAAUAAUAAUGGCUAUACAGGGACAGCCCAGAAACGAAAGGCAGGAGAACAGCUGGCACGACCGGCUCCCCGGAAUGAGCGGUUUCCAAGGUCGUUACCUGAGCGGUCAGCCUCAUCUCAGUCUUCUACACCUGCCCCACGCCAGCCUAGCGAAGGUGCUCGUAAACCUGGGCUGAAGGUGGCGCCAUCGGCCGCAAAUGCAUCAAAAUCCACCCCAGCAAAGUCCAGUGCUGCUCCUGUCUCGUCGAAGCCACCUCCAAAGGGCUCCUAUGCAGCAAUCAUGGCGGAGGCAAAGGCUCUGCAGACCAAGGCACCGGCCUCCGUUGGGCUGAUUAGGCACCAGGCUGUUCCCAAGGAUAAGAAGAGCAAGGUGCAGCAAAAGAAAAUGACAGAGGAAGCUAAACAAAGGGAGCGAGAUCCAUCAAACAGAAAGUUAUCGACGGACAAAGCCGGAGCUGCGGUUCCCUUAAGGAGCACCAAAGAAGCCAUCUUGAAAGCCCGUCAAGCUGAAGGAAACAAACAAGAGUCAUACAAAGGCACUGCUCGCCCACGCCCAGGCAGUCUGCCUCCAUCCAAGUCGUCAGAGCCAGCGUAUACAGGCACAUCUGGACUACCGUCUCGUCGUGCUCCAGGGAAAGAAGGUAAAUAUGGCCGAAACAACGCCCGUAGCGUUACUCGAAACGAGUACCUAGGUACGGACGAAGAAGACGAAGGCGACUACGGUUAUGAAGACGAGCACGAUUAUUCCGACGAAUCCGACAUGGAAGCAGGCUUCCUUGACGUUGAACAGGAAGAGCAGGCUGCCCUUCGAAUUGCCAAGCAAGAGGACGCCGAAGAACUAAGGCUCGAGAUGGCAGCAAAGAAGGAAAAGAUGGAGCGCAAGAUGAAAUUGAAUGCUCUGGCUAAAUCACGGCGCUAG